AGACUUAUUAUAACAGAAAAUCUCUAUCCUCUUUUCAAGCUCAAAAGCUCUUCACUCCGUCUUCUUCUCCCUCUGCGCGCCUGUCGAAAAUCGAGAUGGCGUCAACGAGUGCUCUCACCGCUGGGAUUUCAAAUCUCCAACGCUCUUCACUCUCAUUCUACAAACCUAUUCCCAACACAAAUCAAGUAGGUGUCCUGACGCAAUCACAAGUUGGUUUUACAAAGGUUGUAGACAAGCAUAGACCUCUUAGAAUCUAUGCACUAUUUGGAGGAAAGAAGGAUAAUAAUGACAAGAGCAAUGAUGCUUCUUCUAAGGCAGGUAUUUUGGGGAACAUGCAAAAUUUAUACGAGACCGUGAAGAAAGCACAAAUGGUUGUCCAAGUUGAAGCUGUUAAAGUACAAAAAGAACUUGCUGCAGCAGAGUUUGAUGGUUACUGUGAAGGCGAGCUAAUCAAGGUAACAUUAUCCGGUAAUCAACAACCCAUACGCACUGAGAUAACAGAAGCUGCUAUGGAAUUGGGAGCAGAAAAACUCUCGCUUCUGAUUAAUGAGGCAUACAAGGAUGCACAUCAAAAGAGUGUCCAAGCCAUGAAAGAGAGGAUGAGUGAUCUUGCCCAAAGCUUGGGGAUGCCACAGGGUCUAGGUGAAGGAUUCAAGCAAUGAUAUCUCUCUAGUUCUUUAGAAUGUUUGAGGCAAAAUGUACUGUGAUGGUCUUGUGAACAUGUUUUUGUUCAAUCUUUAAUUUCUGUUAUAAAUACCAGUGUGAUAUUCUUUUUCCUUU